AGUUCAAAGAAUAUAGACCCGACCCGGCAAUAAUCGUAGAUAUACCCAAAUUCAAAAGAAACCCUAAUUUCUACCCUCCCUCUCUCGCUCGCUCUCUCUCCAUACAUUAAUUAACCUAGCUUCUGUAUCUCUCUGCGCCGGAAAGACUAAAAUUCACUGACCCAAUUCCCCGUCACAAUCAGAACCAAUCACAAAGGAUUGAUCUUUUCAAGCUCUGGUUGAAUGGAGGAAUCAGAAAAGAGAAGAGAAAGACUGAAAGCAAUGCGAAUGGAAGCUGCUCAGAGUGGUGCAGAUAAUGAAGUUGGGAAUUCUUCUCAGACACAAGGCCUCCCCAAUCCAUUGCUUCAAACAGCUGUGACUAACCAAGAAUCAUGUCCUCAGAGGUUUGGUUACUACACAGACCCAAUGGCAGCGUUUUCAGGGAAUAAGAGGAGCAAGGUCAGCCAGAAUAUUACACAGGAACAUCUUACACCUUCAAUACAAGAGAUUACUCCUCGGCCCCUUCCAAGUCAAGGUAUGUAUCAACAACAGGAAUCUGUCUGGAGUCCAACGGGAAUGGUUCGUCCUUCUAGCAUGCAGCCUGGAACACCUCGUGGUGCCUGGAAUGGACCUGGUCCCACAUAUGGGUACAACAUUCCACCUAGUUCACCUAUCAGGGCAAAUUUUCCCAACACUAUGGGUUCUGGCUCUGGACAGGGUAGCAGGCCUAUUAAUUAUACACAUCAGGGUCAAGGGCAAUGGUCAGCCAACAGUCCUAGGCCCGGCCCAUGGUUGGCCAACAGUCCUAGCCCGAUUUCAGAGCAGGGUGUCAGGCCUGGAGUGGGGGAGUAUCAAGGCGGACCUGGUUUCAAUCCUAUAGAGGGUAGAGGUUCAGUACGUGGAGGCAACCCUGGCUUUGGACAGGGAGGUAGAGGUAGCUAUGAUUCCAGCGGACAAGGCAGAGGGUACUGGUCCAAUAAUAGCCCAAACCCUAGUCAAGUACGUGGAAGCAAUCCUGGCUUUGGUCAGGGAUUUAGACCUAAUUAUAAUCCCGCACAAGGCAGAGGGGACUGGUCCAGAAACAGUCACAAUCCCGGUACAGGUUAUAGGCCUAAAUUAGGAAGAGGUGGUGGUCAAUGGUCAGGUAACAAUGCCAGCCCUGGUCCAGCACGGAGUGGGGGAAGAGGUGGCAGAGGAAGAGGCUCUCAUGAUAAUGUCUCAGCAGAGCUCAGACCAGAUUUAUAUUACAACAAGUCAAUGGUCGAAGAUCCAUGGAAGUUCUUGACACCUAUCAUCUGGAUAACAGAAAAAUCUCCUUCAAAGACUUGCACAUCAUCGAAAUCCUGGCUUCCGAAAUCAAUCAGCAUGCAAGGAGCAAAAGCUUCAACAGCUUCUACUGAAUCUAAUAAGUCUCAACCAAGUCUGGCCGAGUACCUUGCUGCUUCAUUUAAUGAUGCUGUCAAAAAUGAUGAAUCUAUGAUAUAACUAAGCAGCUGUUACGAGAAAUUUUUCCAUUUAUACCUGUUGGUUUAUGCUUCUGGAAUUACGUUACUCUGAGAAGUUUUAUACAUUUUACAGGAGUAUCUGAGGUUAUGAUUGCUGCAAGUCUGGCAUUAUCACAUCUUCUGCGAGUAUAUUUAAUGUUGCUCAGAUAAUUUCAGAGACGAUGAAGAUUGAUAUUAGGCAAGGAGAGGCAUGAUCAGGAUUUCAGAUAAAUGUAGUUCGGAAAUAUGCACAUGUAUCCAAAUUUAUGUUGAACAGAGAAAUAUUUCCUAAUAAUUUCCUGAUUUUUCA